AUGCUACCUGCAUUUCAUUCGAGUUGUAUGGAGACGAUGAACAAAUGGGAGAAGAUGGUCUCUACUGGAGCAGGAUCGUGUGAGGUGGAUGUGUGGCCUGAUCUUGAAGAUUUAAGUGGCGAUGUGAUUUCGAGGACAUUAUUUGGAACUAGCUAUGAAGAAGGAAAACAUAUACUCCACCUUGUGAAAGAAUUAGCUGUACUUACUAUUCAGGUUAUACAGUCUGUUUACAUCCCAGGCCGGAGGUUUUUUCCAACUAAGAGAACCAGGAGGAUGAAAGAAAUUGACAAAAUAAUAUGUGCUUCGAUAAGGGAUAUCAUCAAUAGAAGACUGAAGGCAGUGAAGACAGGAAAACCUUGUGGUCAUGACUUAUUGGGUGUAUUACUGGAAUCCAAUCUCAAGGAGAUCGGAGAACAUGGAAACAACCAGAACAGUGGAUUAAGUAUUCAAGAGAUCAUUAAUGACUGCAAGAUAUUCUACUUUGCUGGACAGGACACCACUUCAACUUUGCUUGUGUGGACAAUGUUUUUCUUGAGUAGGUAUCCGAAAUGGCAAGAGCGUGCUAGAGAAGAAGUUGUGCAAGUCUUUGGAAAUAACCAGCCGGACUAUGAUGGGAUACAUUGCCUAAAAGUUGUAACUAUGAUUUUGUGGGAGGUUUUAAGGCUAUACCCACCAAUCGUUGAGCUCACUAAGACUACUCUGGAAGAAACCAAAAUGGGACAAUAUAACAUACCAGCUGGUGUUCAGUUAAUGGUACCACAGGCCAUACUUCACCAAGACCAUGAAUUAUGGGGUGAAGAUGCAAAGGAGUUCAAUCCAGAGAGGUUUGCUGAAGGAGUGUCCAAGGCAGUAAAGAGCCAAGUCUCAUUUUUUCCAUUCAGCUGGGGACCCCGAAUGUGCCCCGGACAAAACUUCGCAAUGUUAGAAGGAAAAUUGGCCAUCGCGCUCAUCCUGCAACGCUUCUCCUUUCAACUUUCACCAUCCUAUAUCCAUGCUCCUCACACUAUCAUAACUCUUCAACCGCAACAUGGUGCUCACAUGAUUUUGCAAAGCCUGUAGUGUUGAAGUUGAUAUAACAACAAUAACGGGUGCCUUGUCAAUACCUCUGUGGAUGCCUCAGGAUAGUCUUGUUGGAAGACUAUGGCUUUGUUAUGGGAUUAGACAGUUGUAAAUGGUUUGUUUUGCAACUACUAUGUUUUUUUUUUUUUUUUUUUUGGUUCUUUUGAUUUUGAAUUUGAAUUGUUGUGCAAUUGAUGAUGCGGAAAAAACAAAAAAGGCUUUUAUAUUUUCCAGGGAAGACGGAUCUUUAUUCUUGUCAUUCUCUUUCUUAUGUCCUCUUCUUGUUUUACAUAAUUUCCCUUUGAAAAAUUAUUUAGGGCCU